UGCAGAGCUGGACAAAGUGAACCAGACUGAGAGAAGCAGCAGAGACAAAAACACACACUUUGCCAAACUGACUGCAACCUUCUAUCACAACACACACAUAGAGAAAGCAGUAUAGGCUGAGGAGCAACCUAAAACUCAACAAACACACACAUUUACCUCUCUCUAACUCACACACAGUCAGCAGCAGCAUGUUUCGGUGGAGGCUUCCCCAGGUAGCGUGUGUACUCUCAGUGUGUGUGUGUCUGCUUCUCGCAUAUGAGGAUGUUAUCGAGGUGAACUACGCUGACCCCUACUACAAUGAAAUCACAGAGGGAGACGCACUAGAACCCACACCGACUUCUCCGCCCUGCAGUUCUCGAGACCUGAACAAGUGGGACAAAAUGUUCUCGAUGCUGGAGAACAGUCAGAUGAGGGAGAACAUGCUGCUUCAGUAUGCUGACGAUAUCAUCAAGGUGGAGAUGGGGUCACUGCGUGGAGAAAUGCUCAGGUUUGUAGCCCAGUACGGGGGCACGUGUGGGGUUGCAGUGGAGUCAGCAGGAAGAAGGAUGGCCUCGCAGCUUGAGGCCCGCCUCAAAGAAACCCUGGAGCGCCUCAAAAUAGCAGGUCAGGCUUCUGCUGCCGCCGCUGGGAAUUCUGUCGGGGAUCCCAACAACGUGGAGUCGAUGCUACAGCAGCUCCUCUCUGCAGCACGAACACAAGCUUCCCGACUCACCAAGCUGGAGACCAACUGCUUCAGCAGUAGUGCAACUGGAACGGGGAGGAAUGCGAAGUCGGGAUUCCAGCUCGCAGAGGACGGAGGGGCCGGGCACCGGGAGCAGGAGGUCACGUCACGAGAGGUGGUUCUAGACGGAGUGCUGGCUGCACUGCAACAGACGAGGGCGGAGCAGGAGGAGGUGCUGAGGUCACUGAGCCAAAGAUACCUACCCGCCGGCUGUGACAUGGCGCUCCUCUUCCCAAUGCGUUCCCGUCGUAUCUACACUGCUGUCAUGCCAGAGGUUCCUCUGUCCAUCUCCUCCUUCACCAUCUGCAUGUGGUUAAAGCCAACAACCUUCGCCAACAAAACUGUGCUCUUCUCCUACGGACACCGUCGCAACCCAUAUGAGAUCCAGCUGCUGCUCGGCCAAACCUCUGCGCGCUUCACCAUCGGAGGAGAGGCUCACCUGGUGGAGGCGCGAGGUGUGGUGAAGCUGGGAGAGUGGAUCCACUUGUGUGGGGCCUGGUCCUCCGAGCAGGGUCUGGCCACCCUGUGGUCCGGUGGGAAAAGAGUGGCCUCCACCCCCGGAGUGGCUGAGGGACACAUCUUACCGGAUGGUGGCUCCGUCCAGCUGGGGCAGGAGAGGAAUGGCUGCUGCCAUCAGUCUCCAAGCAGCGGGGGUGGCAUUACAGGCUUUGAGGGAGGGUUCGAUCCCAAGCUGGCAUUCGCCGGGAAGAUGACAGGAGUGAAUAUGUGGGACAGGGUGCUGUCAGAGGAGGAGAUUUCCCAGCUGGCUUUGCAGAAGGGCCAGGGCUGCGAGCAGAGAGGAAACGUGGUGGCGUGGGGCAUGACGGAGAUGGUGCCCCACGGAGGCGCUCAGUUCAUCUUCUAACUUACUCUUUGUGUCUUUUCAUCAGCGCCAUAAUGAUCAUCAUCGUGAAUAUCAGCAACAUCAUAAUAAGUUUUCGUGUUAAAAAUGAAGAGAGCAGCUUACAUUGCUUUUAUCAUCAUCAUCAUCUUUGUCCAUGAGGUUACUGGUUUGAUUAUUAUGUUGUUAUUAGAACUGUUUUAUUCAUCUCUAUUGCUAUUCAUCACUAUUGAUAGGAACACUUAUGAUGCAAUUUAACUCUACUGGACAUGUUCCGAUGGGAGGAAACCAAUGCUGUGAGAGACUGAAGUUUAUUUUUGUAACAUAACCUUUUGACCUGAGGCCACACACAAACAAACACACACAUGCUCACACUGACAUAACUUCAGCAUAGAAAACGUGCAAUGCAGCAGGAAACGUGCUGCAAGCAGUAUUUACCAAAGACUUAAUUAGACUGAGAGACAGACAAAGAGUCUAUUGAUAAAGUGAAUGGGUUCCUAGCUCGUAAACAGAGUAAUCACCAGACUGCCACGCAGGAGAGGAAAACGAGAGGUCACAAACAAUUACAAGAGAUUGUCUUUAGAGUGGCAUGCUUGUUUGUUUUACGCAACAAAGUAUUUUCCUCCUUUCUAUCUUGAUUUGUGCAGUUAAUCUCAAUAUCGAUGCAAAACUUAUUUCCCUUUUGCAUUUUACUGGGGAACAUUAAUAUAUUUUUAGUUUUACUUUUCAGUCAUGUAGGUACAUUAAAUAGCAGCGAAAGAUUGACUGUCAUUUAUACCCCCAUAACCACUAAAAGCUAAGGUAUCAUGCUAAUGCAUUAAUGAUGUAUUGUGAUGUAAUCUGUAGUACAACAUGUGAUUUACGAAAUACUCAUGCGACUGAAAACUGCUGUACUUGCUUUCACUUCAAGCCUGGCCAUAUACUCCAGAAAUAGCUUCAAAUUAAAUAUUAUUUUUUUAUUAUCAUAAUUUUCCUGCAUUUGUGAAAGUUUAGAACAUUUUUAGGAUCUUACAUUUUCAAACAUGCACCCAUCAAAGUGUUUACACUCAUACGAGUUAUGUAAUUCCACUUCUGCUUUGAUUCUUUAUUGUCCUUAGUUCUCAUUUAGGUUUAGGGUAAUAUAUAUGUCUUCUUUUUUGAUACUGCAUAAAGUAAUAAGAGUGAAACUGUUGUCAUUGGAGAUUGAGAUUGAUUUUUGAGAUUGAUACAGUAACUGAGGAAAAUGUUUACACAAUCUUGUCUUUUAUGAACUAAGUCGUCUUGUAUUAUAAUGUAAAUUUCUUUUUGUUUUUUGUGUAAAGGUGAUAUUGAAUGUAUUUUGUACAUAAAUAUAUUUUGCAUAACAGGAAUGGAUGAAUGGAGAGUGAGUUACGAAUAAACAUUUCAAGCUAUA